AUACGUCCGCCGAUUACGGGGCGGUAUUUGUCCCAAUUUAUUUACACGGCCUGUUGCAGAGUGACCUACUUCGCAGCCAUGGAGUCUCUACGGGGGAAGGUGACAAUUGUAACCGGUGCUAGUUCGGGCAUCGGAGCUGGGAUCGCGAAGUAUUUGGCGAAACAAGGAUGUCGACUGUCUUUAACUGGACGAAAACAGGACAAUUUGGAGGCUGUGGCCAAAGAAACCGGACUGGUUGAAAGCGAUAUUCUCACGACAGUUGGAGACAUAGCAAAAGCUGAGGACAGACAGAACCUAAUAGACACAACUAUGGCCAAGUACGGUAGGAUAGAUGUUCUGGUUAACAACGCCGGUAUCCUCCAGGUGAGUCCGCUGGCCGACGUGACUGAAGAACAUUACGACAUCAUUUUUAACAUCAAUUUGAAAGCACACGUGUUUCUCACGAAACUCGCCAUUCCACAUCUGAUUGAAACCAAAGGUAACAUUGUGAAUAUUUCGUCCACCGGAUCCUGCAAACCAGGCACUGGCGAAGGAAUCUAUUCUAUGAGCAAGGUUGCUAUGGACAUGUAUACCAAAGUCUUGGCUCUGGAACUUGGACCCAAAGGAGUUAGAGUUAAUUCUAUCAAUCCAGGGUUUGUGCCGACGGACAUCUUUCGGAGAAGCAACCUUGACGAGGCGUCGGGAGGGUACGAGCCAGAUGAGAUGACAAAGGAACUGACUGCGGCCACGCCCCUUCGACGGCCAGGCACCCCUGAACAGAUUGGUCAGGUAGCAGCGUUCCUGGCUUCAGACAUGGCAGCCUUCGUCACAGGAGAGAUUCUCUUCGCUGAUGGUGGCUGGAGACUGUGACCUACUUACAUACAUGGAUGACGACGACGACGACGAUGAUGAUGAUGAUGAUGACAGUCCAUUUGUAUUACACUUUGCAUGUUCGAUAUCAUGCUCAUAGUACCGUUGCACAUAUAUUCACUUCAAUGCUGAUUAAAGGUUCUGAUCAUUUUCA